UUGGUGUUGUGUAAAUGUGACUGGUGGUAUCCAUGUGAUUGUUCAGAAUAAAUAAUAAAAAUGACCGUAAUAAAGAAAAAGAAACGUGUUUCUAAGAAAAAUAAAGCGGCGUGGCGUAAACAUUGUGAUAUUAAUGAUGUUGAAGAGUUUCUCGAAGACCAGCGAUUGGAAGAGAGACUUGGUAAAUUUGACACAAAGCCAGAUGAAGAACUUUUUGUCUUGGACACACAUGGAAAUGAUGUACCAGAAGAAAAACCAGAUAUUAAACCUGAUAUAAAGCAUCAGACUGCCAAGCAGAGAAAACGAGCAUUGUUGCCAGUAACACCAAAAUGUUUUGAAGUGCUCUUACCCACUUCUAAGGUACAAGAUCCAAAUGCAAAAAGAAACCAUGUAAAACCAGUGGGUUCGAAACCAUCUGAUUUAUCAAAACUUACACAGCAACGACAACUAGUGAAAGGGGUCCUUGCAAAGAAAUUAGAAACAAGAAAAGCGAAUAAGAGAUUAGCUGCAGAAAAAAGGAAAAAAUCAAAAUCAUUUAGAAAAACAUAUGAUAAAAAUAUUUGGGGGGACGAGUCGCUUGAAGCAAAGGGUGUACCAGAGACACUUAUCGAUGAUUUCAUAUCAACGGAAGCACAGAUACACAAUGUCCCAACAACAAAGAGGUUAAGAGCAAAGCCUCCACCACCAAAGACUGUGUUGAAGAGGAAGGCUGUUGAUAUUCCUCAUCCCGGAGUCAGCUAUAACCCAUCAUUCCAGGAACAUCAAGAACUCUUGCAAGAAGUGGUGCAGCAUGAACAAAAAAUGAUGAAACGAGAGGCUCACUUGUACAGAGUGACCACUGGCUUAUUCAGUAAAGUCACACCCAAGGAGAAAGAGAAUCAAUGGCGGGAAGAGAUGAGCGUCGGCUUACCCCAACCUCACGAUCCAACAAAUGAUCCUGAACCAGAGGAGGCUGGUGACAAUGAGUAUAAGGCCAUCAAUCCUCCUGUUAAAAAUAAGAAGAAGGAUCACAAGGCUCGGCGAAAGCAGAAAGAGAGGAUUUUAGAGAAGGAGAGAUUGAAGAGGGAGAAGAUUGAUAAAAAGAAGAUUACUGACAUUUACAAGCUACGUAAGAUCCAAGCAUCUCUAAAGGACAAGGAGAGUCGAGAUGCAGAAGAGCGAACCAAGCGCAUCACUAAACGUAAGGAGUUGGAAGAGACGGCGCUUCCCGCACUCAACGCGCGCAAGCCGCCGGUCAAGGAACCUGAGUUUAUUGACCCCAAACAGCUGACCGGUGACUUGAGGAACAUACCAAUGACAUCUAAUCUCCUUAAGGAUCGGUUCGAGUCAUUCCAACGUCGAGGCGCUCUCGCUACCUCCAAGAUUAUGAUGAAGAAGAAGAGGAAGCUGAAGAGCUACUUCAAAUCCGGACACAAGGUCACUGACCAGGAUAUUGACAGAUAUGUUAAACGGUCUGUGGGGAAAAAGUGAUAUUUGAACCGUGUAGGUGGAAAUAAAGUUGAUUAUAUUUU